UAUCCGAAUGAACUAGACUUUUUCUCUAGACGGUAUCGGUCAAAUCACGCAAGUAUCGCGAGUCUAUCUUCAUUAUCCCAAAUUGAUAAAAACUAAACGUGAUAGUAAUUAAAAAUUAACUUCAUAAAAAAUAGCGAUAAGAAAUUAAAAGUAAUGCCGAAAGAUUAUACCGAUAUAAAACCGUAGCAGCCGAUCAAAAGUCUGAGAAAGUGUAUCCUCCAUCACCACUAAAGAGCAAUUCCGCGUAGUACCAUGUCAAUCGUAGUUCUUAGUGUCGUUUACGCGCUAUUGUUGUUAGUGCCAAACGCUCUGGCUUACAAUAUUUUAGUAGUGUUCUCGCACCCGGGCAAGAGUCAUGUGGCAGUGUUUAGUCCGUUGGUUAAAGAGUUGGAUAGGUUGGGACAUAACAUCACCCUAAUAACUUACGUCCCUGUAGCUGAUAACACAACCAAAAACACCAGGGAUAUUAUCGUUGGAGAACCUAUGCUAGAAGUAGUAGACCUUCAAAAUGCACUAUCUUCAAUGCGUCUGAGAUCAAUAGAGGGACCGUUUAUGAUUAGUUUUUUUGCACAUGAGAGCUGCGUUAACGGGUUAUCUAGUCCGGCUUUCCAGUCGUUUCUCACCGAAAACAAUGAAUUCGAUGUCAUACUCUUUGAAUUUUUCAAUACAAACUGUUACAUGGGAUUGGCCAACAAAUUCAAAGCUCCUUUUAUCGGAUUGAGUUCUUGCUCAUUUAUGCCCUGGCACGCCAACUGGCUGGGAGCUCCAGAAAACCCAGCUUUCAACCAAGAUCUGUUCUCAGGAUUCUCCAGGCCUAUGUCAUUUUUUGACAGGGUAGAAAACACGCUACUGAGAGUUUACACUACAGCAAUGUACAAUAUCGGAAUGUCAAAACCUGGAAAUCAAUACUCAGAGAAAUAUAUUGGAGAGCCAGCUGCAGACCCUCACGAUGCAAGUUUGUUGCUGGUUAAUACUCAUCAUACACUUCAUGGUGCCAGACUACUCACACCCAGUAUUAUUGAAGUUGGAGGCAUACAUUUGCACAACAAGCAGCCAAAGAAACUUCCUGAGGCCCUGGAAAGCUGGAUAAAUAAUUCAGAUGCCGGCGUAAUCUACUUCAGUCUGGGAUCCAUGAUCAAAGGUGUCACGUUUCCGGCGGCGCGGAGGGAGGCGUUUGUGGGAGCGUUCGCCCGGCUGCGUCAAAGGGUGCUGUGGAAAUGGGAGAACGACACCAUGCCAGACAAGCCGGACAAUGUAAUGAUAUACAAGUGGAUGCCGCAGUUUGAUAUUCUGUGCAAUCCGAAGGUGAAAGUUUUUAUAUCUCAUGGCGGACUAUUAGGAACAACGGAAGCUAUACAGUGCGGAGUUCCUGUAAUCGUAUUGCCUCAAUUCGGCGAUCAACUGAACAAUGCCAAAGCUUUAGAGAAUGUAGGAGGAGGAGUUGUACUUUACCUGCAAGAGGUAACUGAGGAAAAGGUUUACAACGCACUUCAAACAGUACUCAGUGCAGAAUAUCAACUGAAUGCAAAGGCAUUGUCCAGCCGUUUCAAAGACAGACCGUUGCCUGCAAUGGACACUGCGGUCUACUGGAUAGAGCACGUGGCGAGACAUAAGGGAGCUGAUCAUAUGCGGUCUCCGGCUAUUAAUUUACCUUUUUAUCAAUAUUUCCUUAUAGAUGUCAUCGCUUUUCUAGCUUUAGUUAGUCUUAUUUCUAGUUAUUUAUUCUUUAGAAUUUCGAAAGUAGUAUUAAGGUCGGUACUAACUCGAAACAAAACCAAAGAAAAAAGUUCCUGAUUUUAGAUAUUUUCAUAUUUUGUGAUAAGCGGUUUUUUAUUGAUAUUAAUUAGAAUUAGCUAAAACAUGUUAUU